UCUUUGUCGAUGCUUUUAGUUUACUUCGUGGAGUAAAUACAUAAAAUACGAAAAAUAAAUCAAAUAUUAGCUGUUGAUAUGAAAGAUACUUCACUGAUGCUGCACGUGAAAAAGUCCUCACAACCACAACACUGGUGUAAACAAAACGAUGGCGGCUAUCGCUUCGCGAGUAGAGGAAUUGAUCAAAUAUUUUAAAUCGCAUAAUAAAAUUCGAGAGCAGCAGAGUCAUUCGGCAAAGGUACAUAGUGUGGGAUGGAGCUGCGACGGCAAAUACCUGGCCUCGGGUUCCUUCGACAAGUCUGUCUGCAUAUUUUCUUUGUGUCCUGAUCGCUUGAAGCAAGAAACUACUUUUAGAGGACACGGCGGUAGCGUGGAUCAAUUGUGCUGGCAUGCCUUCUACCCAGAAUUAUUAUCCACAGCAAGCGGAGAUAAAACUGUUCGUAUCUGGGAUACAAGGACACAGAAGUGUACAGCAAAUAUCAAUACAAGGGGUGAGAACAUCAACAUAUCAUGGUCACCGGAUGGUAACACAAUCGCAGUUGGAAACAAGGAAGACCUUGUGACUUUCAUUGAUGCUCGGGUAAUGAAGAUACGUGCAGAGGAGCAAUUCAAUUUUGAGGUAAACGAAAUCUCAUGGAACAAGGAUUCGGAUACAUUCUACCUGACAAACGGCCAAGGCUGUGUGCACAUACUUAGCUAUCCCGAGUUGGAAUUAUUACAUGUGAUCAAAGCGCAUCCUGGUACAUGUAUCUGUAUUGAAUUUGAUCCGACCGGGCGAUAUUUUGCCACUGGAUCCGCAGAUGCGCUUGUUUCCCUGUGGGACGCCGACGAAUUGUGUUGUUUGAGGACAUUUUCACGACUUGAAUGGCCAGUGCGUACCAUCUCCUUUUCGUUUGACGGACAGCUGUUGGCAGCGGCAUCCGAGGAUUUAGUUAUAGAUAUUGGCGAGGUAGAGACUGGUGAGAAGAUCGCCGACGUCCCGGUGGAGGCAGCGACCUUCACUGUCGCGUGGCAUCCGAAACAGUAUCUCCUAGCUUACGCGUGCGACGAUAAGGACACCUACGACCGGAAACGCGAUGCCGGAAGUCUAAAGGUGUUCGGUUUUGCAAACGAUUGAGCGAUCAUUUUUCGUAUUGGACUUACAUUAUGCAUUCGACAGAUUAUUUUAUUUUAUAGGAAUAUUUUAGUUAAGGAAUGAAUCAAUGAUAUAUAAACUUCGUGUAAAUUUUAAAGCCAUAUUUCACACUUGCUGUCUCGUAAUUGACAAAGUCAGCACGAUCUUUUUUUUUGUGGGGAACUAAAUUAUAUACGAGAUAAAUACAAGA